GACAAGACUGCGGUGGAGUAUGUGUGGCAUAUAUAACAAUGAUGAUGAUGCUAUAGUUGAACACCCCGCUAUCAAACAAUGAAUGCCAGUUCAUGUACCGCUCUUGACCAAUAACCCCUCAGCGCUGAUCAUCUAUUGAGGGGCCGCAUUUAAUCGAGGGAUAUUGUACCCAACGUGCAUGCUUGCCUAUCUCGCUUGCUAGGCCUGACUUGAAAUACACAUUCAACUCUCAUAGUGGUCUUUUGUCCUGUACAGACCAGCGCGUUAUGCUGUACUGUCGAUACAUGCAACCAAAAGAAAUGAUAAAAUGCCUCGCGAAACAUGAAUACAUCAAACAAUCAAAACGCAACGACCCUUCAUUCGUUGCACGGUCGCACAAUUGUCCGAAUCGACAACAAUCUAGUCAUCAAAUCCGGAGAUCUCAGGUCUCACGAAGCCCAAACCCUUCGCUUCAUCGCAAACAAUACGACGAUUCCUGUACCUAAAGUUCAUGAUGUCCGUUGGGAGGACGGCCGCGUGAUGUCCAUUACAAUGGAUUACAUGCCGGGCAAGCGACUGGACGAAGCCUGGGAUACACUGGACUCUGACCAGAAACUCUCCAUUGCCGAUGAACUCCAUUCCUAUGUGGCGCAACUUCGUCGUUUGAAAGGUGAAUACAUCGGGGCUAUUGAUCGAGGGAAAAGCCCUCAUUGGACAGCUUUCAUCAAUCGAAGGCGGCCCCUUUGAUUCAGAGCGGCAUUUCAACGAGUUCAUCCUAGGGGAUAUUGUGAAAUCAGCACCAGAUCUACUGCGGCAUUACGCGAAAUUCGCCCUGAUGGAUAUCAAGAAUCACCAUCCUUGCUUGGAAUUAUCUAGGACAAGCAGCUGCGGGUCUAGCAGUU